UUAAAGUAAAUAUUAUUGUGUCAGUAUUAAGUUGCGUAUUAUUUAACAUUUUAUGAACAAAGCGAUACCCUUUGUCAUUCAUGAGAGCGGAUAGGUGGACAUUGGCCACUAAUAGAAAUCGAUAAUUCGAUUGUUGCAUAUAUUUUACCUAAGGAUACUUAUUACGAAUCUUCUACGAUCGCUACAAACUACAACCGACGUCGAAGAUGGGUGCAUUAUUUUCAUUGUGUACAGUCGGUCAACUGGCAUGUUGUUGCGGUCAAGCAGCAUGCUCUCUAUUUGCAUGUUGCCCGUCAUGCGGAAAUUCAACGUCAACAAAAGUUAUGUACGGCCUCAUGUUACUCGUAGCUAUUAUAUUAAGCUGUAUCACACUCGCCCCCGGACUGCAAUCGUUUUUACAAAAAGUACCAUUUUGUGAAGGUGAUCAUAACACUGGUUUAACUAGUAACUUUGUCAAUAAUAUAUCUGGUGUUUCAAUCGAUUGUAAAAAUGCUGUUGGCUACAUGGCGGUUUAUAGAAUUUGUUUUGCCAUGUUCAUAUUCUUUACACUUAUGUCAUUUAUUAUGAUGGGUGUGAAAGAUUCUAGGGAUGGACGAGCUCCUAUACAAAAUGGAUUUUGGGGCUUGAAAUAUCUUAUUGUAUUUGCUGGUAUUGUUGGUUCAUUUUUCAUUGCCCCAGGAAGCUUUAGUCAUAUAUGGAUGAUUUGUGGUAUGAUUGGAGGUUUUAUUUAUCUCAUCCUUCAGUUUGUACAAGUUUUAGAUUCUGCUCAUUCAUUAGCUGAAUCAUGGCUAGACAAAUGGGAACAAACUGAAGAUAAAAGAUGGUAUUUUGCAUUACUAUUUACUACUGUAGUAUCAUAUGGACUAGCAAUUACUGGACUUAUUGUUAUGUAUCACAGUUUUACCCAGGAAAACGGAUGUGCUUUGAACAAAUUUUUCAUCACAUUAACAGUUAUAAUAUGCAUAGUUAUUAGUUCAAUUUCAAUUACUUCAUGUGUACAACGGGUGCAUGAAAAAUCUGGUUUAUUGCAAUCGUCUAUUGUUAGUUUGUAUGUGGUGUAUCUUACUUGGUCGGCACUCAAUAGUGGUCCAGAAACUCAGUGUAAUAAAAGCUUGGCAGAAAUCCUGAGUCUAUCUAAUUCUGAUGGUUCUAAAGUACAUUUUGGUUCAGAAAAUUUUGUUAGUAUUGGAAUUUUUGUUUUAUUUGUAUUAUAUUCUGCUAUAAAAACGGGAUCAUCCUCAAAAUUCUCUAUGAGUAAUUCUACAGAAAGAAUAGGCAAUGAUAGUGAUCUUGAAGGAGGUCCAGUUUCUGGUAACGAUGAUAACUCUGGUAAACUAUUUGAUGAUGAAAAAGAAGGAGUUGCAUAUUCAUGGUCAUUUUAUCACUUCACGUUUGCAAUGGCCACUUUAUUCUUAAUGAUGACACUUACAAAUUGGUACUCACCCAACUCCAGCUUAGAAAACCUUCAUCCAGAUUACGCUUCUACUUGGAUUAAGAUAUUAUCUUGUUGGGUCUGUGCUGGGCUUUAUGUUUGGACAUUAGUGGCGCCAAUUAUAUUACCAGACCGUGAAUUUUAAAUUGUAUCAUCAUUGAAAGUAUUAAAUAAGUUGUUUUAAGCUCAUCUAUUAAUAUUUUUGGUUAUAAUUUUAUAUCUAUACAAUAUCAUAUUAUUAUUAUUAUUAUUUAAUUUUUUAUAAUAGUUAAUCAAUAUGUUUUAACUAUGGUAAAUUAUUCCUCUCUAUUCUACCACAAUUAUUAAAUCAAUUACAAGCAUUCAUGAUCAACAUAAAUAUUAAAACCAAACUUGUUAUAAAAACUUAAAUUGUAUUUAGUUGCUUUUAUUUUGAUUGUGUGAUUAAUAAUUAUGUAAUGAAAAGCAUUAUAUUACCUUAGAUUUUAAAUAUAGCUUAUGUGUAAGAUAUGUUGUAGAGAACACUUGAACAAUUGACAAUUUUUUUAUAUUGUUUAACACUAUUCCAUUUUUCUUAUUUUAAAAUAUUGAAGUUAAUUAUAUAAAAAAUGAAACUGUAUGUUAUGCUUACAUUGAUAAUAUAUUAAUGAUUUUGAUUGAUCAUGUUGUGAUAUUAUAAAAGUUAAAUAAAUGUAUUCAUACUUAAUUAUCUUA